GUCAUCCGCUACGCCUCGACGCAAAAAUCCCACAUUGUACAAAAAAAGUGAUCACUGAUACGGAAGGGAACGGUUCGUAGAGCGAUUCAGUGUGCAAUGCACGACGACGAUGUGCUGUAAAUUAAGAAGUGAUUGCGUGUUCGAGGGCGCCUGAAUCAGUGAAAAGAAAGUUUACCAAUCGAAGGAGCACAUCAGCAGCAAGCUGCUGCAAUUGGAGCGUUUCAGAAGCUUCAAUAUUAUCAUUGCCAAAAUGAAGUUCCCAUUCUUAUCGACACCGCAUCAGUGGCUGUACUAUCUGGUGGUGCUUUUAUCGAUUCUGCAGCGGAAUAGCUCGGCUCGAGCCGGUGACAUCAUCGACAUUACCAGCAUCGUUUUCGACAAGCUAACCGAUGCGAUUCCGGCCGCGUACGGCGACUUCAACUCGGACGAGCUGACCGAUGUGUUCGUGCUGCGCAACGAUUUCCACACGCUGCAGAUCCUGCUGGGGAGCGACGACAAGCCGCUGCUGAAGGAAGGUCCGAAAUGCGACUUCAAACGCCAUCGAAUCACCAGCGUCGUGCCAGGCGACUUCGAUGGCGACGCCUACAUGGAUGUGAUGUUCACGGUGCAGUUGGAGGGCGACCCGGACGAUCGCACGGAUGUGUACAUCAACUGGGGCGCGGCGGCGACCAUGAACUGUACGGCCGAGGACGCGGAGCCGGUGAUUAGUAUGCUGGGCCAACCGCUGGCCCUAGACUACGAUAAUGAUUUCAUUAUCGAUCUGUUCGGGCUGGACUUGAAGAAGAAGCGUACGUUUUGGUUGUUUAAAAAGUCGGAAGACGGCACCCGAAAGGGCCCAUAUCCGGCCCAUUUGCCAGGGCGGGCGGAGCACGGGACGGAACUGUCCAUCCCACACUCGCACGCCAUCAUCGACCUGGAUAAGGACUUCAAUGCCGAUCUGUUCCUCACGACAACGUCCGGGUUUGAGGUGUGGCUCGGUACGCAUCAUCCGGAACGGUUCCGCUACAAGCAUAAGAUCGACUUUCCCGCCGGGAACUACAAAAAGCACGUAGGCCGGGCGAUCUUUCUCGACGUCGAGCUUGACGGAAGCCUGCUGCCCGUGUUUCCGAUGUGCUUCGACGCCAAGUGCGCCAAUUCGAGCAUCUUCGUGUACCACGACGAGCACCUGCACGAUUUGCAGAUAGAUUUUAAGGACGACCAUAACGACGCGUGGCACUUUGUCGUGCCGGAUCGCACCAGCUGGGCGACGCAGAGCAUUACGCUGCGCGGCGGAGACUUCAACCUCGACGGCUACCCGGAUCUGCUGGCGACGCUGACGAAAUCCGGCAACCAGAUGCAGACCUUCCUGCUGGAGAACGUACCGUGCGAGAAGAGUGCCUGCAAAAACAUGACGCGCACGUUCGUGGUGCGCUGGAAAGCGUUGGCCCCGUUCUCCAAUGGGACGAUGAUGGGUUCAUUCUUCGAUUUUUACAACGACGGCAUCUUGGACGCGAUCUUUGUCGAGCGUUACGGCAACGGUACGCGCCCGGUAGCCUUCCGCAACUCGCUUGACUACGAUGCCAACUUUGUGAAGGUGAUCGUACUGACCGGCCUAAGCAAUAGCAGUGGUCCGAAGAUCCUCACACCGCUCGGCAGGAAAAAGCGAACGUUCGGCACCAAUCUACCCGGGCCACGGAUCGAGUAUAACACCACGACGCAGGACGGUGAACCGCAGCACGGCGCCUCGGCCCAGCUGCCCCAGUCGGCGUACCUAUCGCUCCAUCUGCCCUUCACCACGUUCGGCCUCGGGCGGACGCCAAACUUUGUCGACUCGCUGACGGUGGGUCUUUCGAACCACUCGCGCACCUGGACCCAGCUGAUACCGAACUCGCAGAUGAUCGUUGUGCCGAACCCGAUCGAGGAGCCGGAACGCUGGAAGGCGCAGCUGUUCGUUACCCCGAGCAAGCUGAUCGUGAUGAGCGUGAUCGCGCUCGGUGUGAUCUGUCUCGUGAUCUUGCUACUUAUUCUCAUCCUGUACGCGAAGGAGAAGCGUGAAGAUCGGAUACAGCGAUCGCUCGAGGCGCACCGGUUCCACUUUGACGCGAUGUAGUGCUCCUAUUUUCAAAAUGCUGCGAUACAUGUAGUCUUUAACUUAAUGAUAGGAAACAAAAAUAUCCCCCAAUUACGUUAACCGUUGCACCUCUUUUGCGGGCAGGAACAUCCGACCUUCUUAUAAAAAAUAACUAUGUUAUCUUCUUCUUUUAUAAGCAUUCUUUGUAUGCAAAAGCUUUUGUGUUUGGACGAUCUUCGCUUUUAUGUUAACUAUUUAUUACACACGCGAAUAAAGAGAAAUAUGAAUAUCUGA